AAUUGCCCAUCAAAAGCUAGGCCUAUCUAGCGCCAGACAGCUUACAUACUCGGAUACGGCAGGGAACCAGCUUAAUUGAUACGGUUUUUUGUACGUCUCUAGUCUGGUAACCGAUGUUUGCAGAUUGCAUUUGUUUAUGUCCGGUACGUACAUGAACGUACUUGCUUCGGCCAUUUUUGACGAAGUGGAGUCGAAAUUCACCGAUCCUAAAAAGUGCAAUUUAAUACUUUAUUUUCGCUUCCGAUGAACGCUGUUCCACCUUCAGUCUUUCUAUGAAUGUUAAUAAUAUACUUUUGCCCUGUUAAGAGAUCAUAUUCGGUCGAGUUCUUUCCAAACGAUGGAAAACACGGAAGCAUGCGAAGUGACUGAAGUGCCCGUCGGCAUUGCCGAAGCGGGCAACAUCGAUAUCCACAACGUUGCCGAGGAGUUACCGAACGCUGCCGAUGACUCCGCAUUUAACGCUGGUGCAACUGAUCACUCAAAUGAGAACAGUGGUGACGGGCACGACGAAGGAAUUACAACUUCUUCGGUCACAGAUGAGGUUUUCCAUCCACAUCCAGUGCACCCUGUGGGAAUUCUGACCGCUGUGCCUGGGGCUGGUGGUCGAACCACACGGCUUGUCGCGAUCGUCCAAGACUCCCAGCACCACGCUCACCUUGUUGACGGCUUGAAGACUCCGGCUACGCCGUGUACACCUGGGACCCCUUCAGGGGACAAGCGGCAGCACUACGCCUGGGAUGAGGUGGUACAUUCCCCAAACGGCAUUCUCCCUGUGCGAUGUAGAAAUGUCAGCGCUGAGUUGCACAAGAACAAACUUGGAUCAGGAGGUAAGGGGCGUUGCAUCAAAUACCAAGACACUUGGUACACCCCUUCAGAAUUUGAGAACUUCUGUGGGCGAGGCAACAGCAAAGACUGGAAGAGGAGCAUCCGCUAUGGGGGGCGGACCUUGAACUGUCUGAUAGAGGAAGGAAUACUCACACCUCAUGCUGCCUCCUGUACGUGUGGUGCCUGCUGUGAUGAUGAAUCUGUGGAAUCCUCUCAGUCUGGUCCAGUCCGGCUCUUUGUACCGUACAAACGACGCAAACGAAACGAGAGUGAAAGUCUCCCACCGACCCCAACCAUGAAGAAGAAAAUGAAACUUAAGGAUGCCCCUGAGGAAACCCGGUCCAUAAGCCUGGACAGCACUGCCAGCCAGUUGGACGUGACCGGUGCCAACCUGGUACUCAGUCCCAUGCCGCCAGGCACACCCAAGGCUGCGGGCACCUCAGACCUGGAGCAUGAGCACUGGUGGCAACUGGAGGAGAUGGCCAACCAGCUUGCCCAGAAUGUCCAGCAGCUGAAGACCUUGAUAGAGCAGGCAAAGGCCCACUCUCAAGCCAGCAAGGAAACUGCUGUCCUGCACACCAAAAUCAUGCUUGAUGCUGAGAAAAAGGAGGCAUUAUCCAAAGCUCGUCUGGAGGCCCAGAUGCAGUUCUCCCGAGCCAUGAUGGAGGCCAAAGCUGAGAAGGACAGUGCAGUGGCUCAGGCUCUGGCUCAGGCUAGGGCUGAGAAGAUGGAAGCGGUCGCCAACGCCAAGACAACGCAUCUGAUCAAGGCCUGCGUGAACUGUGGCAGGGAGGCACUCAGCGAAUGCAUGGGCUGCCACCAGGUAUCUUACUGCAGCAGCUUCUGUCAACGCAAGGACUGGGUCAGCCACCAGCACAACUGUGGGCAGCAAGGGGUGCUGGCUUCGUGCCCCGUGGAGCAGCAGGAGGGUCAGGAAGAUGAGAACACAUCCAUUGAGAACAAGGACCCUGAUGAAUAAUGAUUAGCUGUAAAAUAGGUCAAGGUCUUGUUUUGGGGUUUUUCUACAAGCCAGGGGAAAGCCAUUGUUUUUGUAAAAUUAUAGAGGUUCUGCAUGGCAGCCAUCUUUCCGGUAACUGCUUUUGUCGUGGAGGGAUA